UCCCUCCGGCCGGCAGGCUGGGCGCGCUGGGGCGCCGGCCCCCGCCGGGCGCGCAUCGGCACCAUGGGCACGGUGCUGUCCUUGUCCCCCAGCUACCGGAAGGCCACGCUGUUUGAGGAUGGCGCGGCCACGGUGGGUCACUACACGGCCGUGCAGAACAGCAAGAACGCCAAGGACAAGAACCUGAAGCGGCACUCCAUCAUCUCCGUGCUGCCCUGGAAGAGGAUCGUGGCCGUGUCAGCCAAGAAGAAGAACUCCAAGAAGGUGCAGCCCAACAGCAGCUACCAGAACAACAUCACUCACCUCAACAAUGAGAACCUGAAGAAGUCGCUGUCGUGCGCCAACCUGUCCACAUUCGCCCAGCCCCCACCGGCCCAGCCGCCCGCACCCCCAGCCAGCCAGCUCUCGGGCUCCCAGACUGGGGUCUCCUCUUCCGUCAAGAAGGCCCCACACCCUGCCAUCACCUCCGCGGGGACACCCAAACGGGUCAUCGUCCAGGCGUCCACCAGCGAGCUGCUGCGCUGCCUGGGCGAGUUUCUCUGCCGCCGGUGCUACCGCCUGAAGCACCUGUCCCCCACGGACCCCGUGCUCUGGCUGCGCAGCGUGGACCGCUCGCUGCUCCUGCAGGGCUGGCAGGACCAGGGCUUCAUCACCCCGGCCAAUGUGGUCUUCCUGUACAUGCUCUGCAGGGAUGUUAUCUCCUCCGAGGUGGGCUCGGACCACGAGCUCCAGGCCGUCCUGCUGACCUGCCUGUAUCUCUCCUAUUCGUAUAUGGGCAACGAGAUCUCCUACCCGCUCAAGCCCUUCCUUGUGGAGAGCUGCAAGGAGGCCUUUUGGGACCGCUGCCUCUCAGUCAUCAACUUAAUGAGCUCCAAGAUGCUGCAGAUCAAUGCUGACCCACACUACUUCACACAGGUAUUCUCCGACUUGAAGAAUGAGAGCGGCCAGGAGGACAAGAAGCGGCUCCUCCUAGGGCUCGAUCGGUGAGCCCGGUAGUCCAUGUCAUGGCUCAAGGAUUCCAUUCAUUUUUAAAAAUUUAUUACUAAAAGAAACCCAAGUUUUGUGUACAGUAUGUGUCUAGCAAAGCCGCCAAGGGCCUCUUCUUCCCAUGUUCUCUCCUUGGUUUUUUGUUUCUUUUUUUUCUCCCCAGCUCUGUCAAGAACUCUGGGGACUUUUGAACUCAUGAACCUUGUGCGAACCUAGAAGAUGGAUUCAGAGCCACCCAGGCUGCUGACCACUCACUUUGGGGGACUCACGGGCUGACCUGCCCUUGCCAGCCUGGGCCCUUGCUGGAUCCAGGGUGGGUAAGGAUUCCCAGUGCUCCCUCAUGGGAGCUGGAGAGGGGCCUUAGGCUGGUGGGCCCGGGGAGGAAUUGAGAUUUCUGGAUGGAGGCAGGUCCUUUUCUGGCAACUGUCUGGGGAGUUUCAUUCCCCCGGGGGGCUCCGUGAGUUCAGCUGUCUGACUGAGGCUCGCAGGGGCUUGUGAGGUAAGCUCUUCAGUGCCUCGGGGGGGCCCCAAUCCAGGAUGGGCCAAGUGGGUCUCGUGCAGAGAUUGUCAAUGAGGGUCGGCCAUGAGCAGCCCUGGUCUGCGGUUUCUGUUGUGAAGGGAGAAGGGCUUUCCUUUCCUAGAACCGCGGAGCUCGCCCGCUCGCCCUUUGUCUGCUGCUCCCAGCUCCCCUAUUAGUGAUGGCUAAUAAGUUGGUUUGCCUCAUUAGGUUCUGUCCUUCUGGGUCCCAGCUAAUGGGGUGGGGUGAAGCUAGGGACAGCUCUUUUCCGGACUGAAUUUUUCCAUUUAAAAAAUGCAGCUUAGCCCCCCUCCCCCUGUGGCGAAGGCCAGGACAGUGGCAGGUGCCCAUUAGCAACAGCCUGCCUUCUGAGCAGGUGGGGGUACCAGGCCUGGGAUCCAAGGUGGUGCCCACCUAAGUGCUAAGGCCUUUGGCUGGUGCACAUGACAUGUGUUCUGUGGAGAUGGGGGUGAUGUGUUAAUGGUAUAGAUCCCACCUCAGCCCUUGUUGAUUUAAAGCUGUUUUCAAGUGAGACAGCUGCAUCCCGGAGACAGUUCCGAGACAAGGGGUGACUCCUGAUUACUCUGGAAGCUUGGUGAUUCUCCAGCUGAUCACUUCCAGCUGCUGGGUGUGGUGCCACCUCUCCUAGUGGCUGCAAGAACACAUUGUGGACUUGACUGAUUUUCCUUUCUAAAUCUCCCAGACUGGCAGCUUGAGGCCUGGGAGAUGUCCAAGAGAAGGGUGCAAGUCUUCCUGCGAGGCCCUCACUCCAGCUUUGGGGAACCAAGCAGCGUGAAGAUGCCUCAGAGGGUCCCUCUCUUCCUGUCCUGGUCCCCAGAGAGUGCUGCAAUUGGGGGCUACUGUGGGGAAGUCAGAGGUGGUUUUCCAUAGGAUUAGGUUAUAGGUGACUGCCGACAUCCUCCCAAGCACUACUGAGAGCCAUGUAAGAAAGAGGAAGCUGUGAAACAGGUCCUGAGGGAAGAGGCCCGGGGCUGGGCCUUUGGGCUGGUGACCCCAGAGGCUGGGAAGAGGACCUGCUUGGGCUGGAGAGCCUCUCCCCUUCACUUCCUUGAGGCUCUGCUUAGCCCAUCCUGGACCCUCAGAUGGUUGAUGCUGAGCUGGAAGAAGGCCUCGCCUGGCUUGCCAAGUGCAGCCUCUCUUCUCCGCUGGUUUCCACGCAUCCUGUCUUCAGAUCCUGCCACCACGUGUGACCUGGGCAGGGAGGCCCAUGGGGCAGCUGGCCCCUGGUGGCAUGGAAGAGGAGCUUGGAGAGCCAAGUCUCAGGAGGAUUGCAUGCUUGUAGCCUCUUCAGCUGUCUGAGCCUGGCCUGGAGCUGUGCCAUUAUAUUGCAUUUCCAGGAUUCCCGUUUUGGGUCUCUUUCCUUCUCUAUUUAUUUUUUAUUCUGUUUUUCUGUUCUGAGAAGGUGCAUAUUUCAAGAGUGGUUGGGGACUAAGGAAACAAUUGUAGUUCCAUCAAUGUGAAGGCUGUGUGUUCUCCUCGCUCCCUUUGCACUGGUCAUCAGUGUUGUGUAAAGGAACAGCUGAUACACUUGAGUGUGCAAGCAAUGAACCCAUUUGACAUGCUGCUAUGAAGACUACUUUUAGAACAACAAAAAGAAGAAAAGUAACAACAACAAAAACCCUAACCUACAAAAAAAAAACCCUUUUAUUCUUUAAUAACUGUUGCUUUUACAGUGAUAUUGUGCAUGCAAACCAGGAGCAUUUUGUGUCUUAAGAAAAAUAAUCUUAGAACAGAUGGCUGUGAAAAUUACACUCACGCAGAGAACAAGCCACAGGAAUAAUAGUUCAGGAUUUGUUUUUUUCCUCUUUUUCUUAUAAACCUCAAGGGUUGAUCUAUUCUUUUCAUGCAGUUAUUAGAAUUUAGUUUUGUUCCAGCAGUUGUUAAACUUGCAAUGAAAAGAAAAUGUGCCAUUUCCCCCACCCAGGAUUCAUAGCUGUAUAUUUGAAACUGCUAAUUAUACACAUGUGAUAUAUGUCGUUUUUUUAGUGAGAUUUCUUCUGUAGCUAUUCUUUGACCAAACUGUGGACAUUGUUAAUUUAUAUUUGUCUCAUUUGUAUGUGUGUGUAGUGUGUUUGUAAGUAUGUGUGGUUUAUAAUCUGACGAAGUCAUGGAGCUCAGUUUGGCUGUAAUUUAAUUCCCCUUCCCUUAUUUUUAUUUAUUUUUGUACUGUGCUGAUUCAAUAAAAUGCACUGACCGUC